UCCACAGAAAAAAAAAUGCAUGUUUCAGUUCUGAACAAACAAGUGCCGGCCUGAUGUGAUGCAUGCCAAACCGAGAAUGCAUCAGCAGACGAAUCAGAUCUACCAGCCCCUGCUCCAUCGUCAAACGAGUAACCUGACAGCUGCUUCCGCUCCUCCUCUUCCUCUGUCCGUGUAUCCAAGCAGAGGUGCACUUCGGCCUAGGAGCACCGAGCACAGGAGAGAGCCAAGAAGAGAGGCGGACGGAGGGAGGCGCCGUCGACCGAGGAGAUGGCGUCGGGGUCGGACUCGCGGACGGCGGCGGACCCGUCGUACCCGCCGUUCCCUCUCCUGGAGCAGGACGACGAGGGCGGAGGCCACGUUCACGAGCAGGAGCAGGAGGCCCGGCGCGGGGGCGCGCUGGAGCUGCCGACGGUGGACCUGGAGGCGCCGGGGGAGGCGCUGGCAGCGGCGUGCCGGGAGCUCGGCGUGUUCCGCCUCGCGAACCACGGCGUGCCCGCGGCGCUCUCCGCGCGCCUCUUCGCGCUGGCGCGGGCCGCGCUGGCCGGGGCGCCGUUCCGCGACAAGCGCGCGCAGCCGGGCUACUUCUGGGGCACGCCGGCGCUCUCGCUCCGCGUCCGCGACGUCAACUGGGUCGAGGGCUUCCACGUCGCCCUGGGCGAGGCCCAGCAGCAGCAGCAGCACGCGCCCGUGCCGCCGCCGCCGCUCGGCGACCUGCUCGGCCUCGCGAGGGCGGAGUACGGCGCGCACAUGACGCGGGUGGCGCGGACGCUCUUCGACGCGCUCGCCCCCGCGCUGGGCCUCGGCGCGGCCCAGGCGGCGUCCUACCUCGCGGAGCGCGACGGGUUCCUGCGGGUGUACCGCUACCCGCGGUGCCCCGAGCCCGGGCGCCUCGGCAUGGAGGCCCACACCGACAGCUCCGUGCUCUCCGUCAUCAACCAAGAGGAGGGCGCCGGCGGCCUGCAGGUGCUCCACGGCGGCGCGUGGCGCGACGUCGCGCCGGCCGCGGGAGCCAGCACGCUGCUCGUCAACCUGGGCGACAUGGCGCGGGCCAUCAGCGGCGACGCGUACCGCAGCGUGCGGCACCGGGUGGCGGCCAGCCAGGCGGCGGAGAGGCUCUCGCUCUGCUACUUCGCCUUCCCGCGGGACGAUGCCGUCAUCACCUGCGGCGCCGGCAGGUAUAGGCCCUUCACCUACGCUGAGUUCCGGGAGCAGGUGCAGGCCGACAUCAAGGCCACAGGAUCCAAGGUCGGCCUCGAGCGCUUCCUUCUUCACCACUAAAAAUUCCAUCGAGACGAAGCUACGGUGGGAAGCCACGUACGGGAUCCAAGCUCGGCCUCGAGUGCUUCCAUCGAGAUUCUGAGACGUUUUUUUUUCAGACUUCCACUCGGGGAGCAACGGACACAAAAUCUGGUGUAAUUUGCAAGCUGCUCCUGAUCUUUUUUUGUUUCUUCUUCUUUUUCCUCUUAUAAACAAUGUUUUUUCUUUCUUUCUUUCUUUUUUCUUGUCUACUUUGUAAAACUCGCAUUAGUUUUUAAAUAUAUAGUUUACUGUAGGGGCUACUCCGGUUCCAAAAAAAAGUUUGAAGAAGAUGAGCAACUCCAA